AUGCAGGGAUGGAGAAUCGCCAUGGAAGACGCCCAUGCUGCCGUGCUAGACCUCCAGGCCAAAUACACAGACCUCGACAGGAGCAGCAGCAGCAGCAGCCACCACGGUGCGGGUGGCCCGACGCCGGCGGACAAGCGGUUGUCCUUCUUUGGCGUGUACGAUGGCCAUGGCGGGGAGCAGAUGGCCCUGUAUGCGGGCGAGAACGUCCACCGCAUCGUGGCCCGGCAGGAGUCGUUUGCCAGGGGGGACAUCGAGCAGGCUCUACGGGACGGCUUUCUCGCUACUGACCGGGCCAUCUUGGAGGAGUGGUGCGUCAUCUUUAUAUCUCUUGACGGGUAUCAUACUCCUACUUACAUCUGGCAGGCCAACGCAGGAGACUCGAGAUCUGUCCUCGGUGUCAAGGGGCGGGCCAAACCGCUCUCCUUUGACCACAAACCACAGAACGAGGGAGAAAAAGCGCGGAUAAGUGCUGCAGGAGGGUUCGUCGACUUUGGCAGAGUCAAUGGCAACCUCGCCCUCUCCCGGGCCCUGGGCGACUUUGAAUUCAAGCGUGCCGCAGACCUCUCCCCCGAACAGCAGAUUGUCACCGCAAACCCGGACGUUACAACCCAUGAAGUCACCGAAGACGACGAGUUUCUCGUCAUUGCAUGUGACGGUACGCAUCAUCACUUUCUACCAUCGCUUCUUGCUACCACUAACAACAACCACUGUAUAGGCAUAUGGGACUGCCAGUCGUCGCAGGCGGUGGUAGAGUUCGUCAGAAGAGGCAUUGCGGCCAAGCAGGAGCUACAUCGCAUCUGCGAGAACAUGAUGGACAACUGUCUCUCCUCAGACCCAGAAACCGGCGGCCUCGGCUGCGACAACAUGACUAUGGUCAUCGUCGGCCUGCUGCACGGCAAGACCAAGGAGGAGUGGUACAACACCAUUGCCGAGCGCGUGGCCAACGGCGACGGGCCCUGUGCUCCCCCUGAAUACGCCAGCUUCCGCGGCCCAGGCGUACGUCCUCAGUUCAACGAAGGCUCAGACUAUGACUCGGCUGGCCCCGCCGGCCGGUCAGGCAGAAUCAUCCUGCUUGGAGACGGCACCGAGGUGCUCACCGACAUGGGUGACGAGGAGAUGUUUGACAGCGCAGACGAAGACAAGGACCUAGAGAGCCAGGUCCGGAGAACCACCGACGCUGAUGCUGACGCUGACGAGGCCGGCGAGACCAACGACGCCGCCGAGACUGAACGGAGGCAGCAGCGAGAAGGCACGCCGGGUCCUCAAUCGACUGCAUCAAACGCCAAUUCCGUUGACUCGGCUUCGGUUUCGACGUCCGCUACCUCUGCCCCCAUUGCUGCCCUGACGGAAUCCCCGCGUGUCAUCUCAGCCUCCCCCUUACCAACCGCCGACUCAUCCCCGAACUCCGUCUCAGAUACCAAGCGGUCGUCGUAG